AGCCGCCGCCGCGCCAGGGCCGGGGACCCCCCCCAUGCGCCGCCGUCCCCGCUGGAUCUUCCCGCGGCCGCCAUGCGCGCCUCCGGCCUGGGAGAGGCGUCCGCUGCUGACAUCAUGGACAUAUGUGAAUCCAUCCUGGAACGGAAACGCCAUGACAGCGAAAGGUCUACGUGCAGUGUCUUGGAACAGAAUGACAUCGAAGCAGUCGAGGCCCUCGUUUGCAUGAGUUCUUGGGGUCAAAGAUCCCAGAAGGGUGAUCUUUUAAAGAUCAGGCCUCUUACACCUGUCUCGGAUUCUGGGGACUCGACGAUGCACGGUGACGCAGCCGCUUCUGAGUUCCCGAAGGACUUCCACUCUCUGUCAACCCUGUGCAUGACGCCUCCUCACAGCCCAGAUUUUGUGGAGCCAUCGGCCGCGCCCCUCCUGCCCGCCCAAGCGACUUACUCCAGAUCGAGGACGGCCCCGGCCCAGCCAGCCGUCUCGGCGGGGGACCCCGCCUCCGCCCCGGGCACGGGGACGGAGAAGCGGCCGGGCGAGGCCCGCAGGGCCAUGGCGACCAGCGUCAUCCGCCACACGGGAGCCGGCUCGGCGUCCUGCCCGGGGCCCGCGGCCCGCGGGAGCCCCCCCGGGGAGUCGGAAGGCGGGGACCCGGGACGCCCCGAGGAGCCGCGGGCCCCGCCGCCCACGAACGAUUCGACCGGGGGGCCCCCCCCGGCACGCCAGCCCCGUUUGCACGCCUCCGAUCCCUCAGCCCCCUCUGACAAAGGGCGGCAGGCAGCGUGGCCUGCGGCCCUGCAGACUCACCCGCCAAAGAAUCGCGAAAGCGACUUGCCCCGGAAAGCCGCCCCUCUCGUUUCCGUCCCCAGCGCCCCCGUGCUCUGCCAGAUGAUCCCCGUGAACGGACAGGGCGGAAUGAUUUCGGCCUUCCUGAAGCCCCCGGCCCAGACGGGCCCGGGUGCCGUGAAGCCCAUUUUGCCCCAGGCUGCUCCAGUGUCGCAGCCCCUCCUCGUGGGGGCCUCGAUGCCUCAGGGAACCGUGAUGUUAGUUCUUCCUCAGGCUGCCGUCACGCAGCCGCCCCCGGCUUGCCAGCCCGGCGUCGUGACUGUCGGGAACACCAAGUUACUGCCUCUUGCCCCUGCUCCAGUGUUCGUUACCUCCGGUCCAAACUGUGCCCCUCAGAUGGACUUUUCCAGAAGAAGAAAUUAUGUUUGCAACUUUCCAGGCUGCAGGAAAACGUACUUCAAAAGUUCUCACCUCAAGGCCCAUCUUCGCACACACACUGGAGAAAAACCCUUCAACUGCAGCUGGGACGGCUGUGAGAAAAAAUUUGCUCGCUCAGACGAACUCUCUCGCCACCGCAGAACUCACACGGGAGAGAAGAAAUUUGUGUGUCCGGUGUGUGACCGGCGCUUCAUGCGCAGCGAUCACUUGACGAAACACGCCCGGCGUCACAUGACCACAAAGAAAAUCCCCAGCUGGCAAGCGGAGCUCGGCAAACUGAACAGAAUCCCUUCGUCGGAGAAACCUGGCAACGUUAGAGAGGCGUUGGGUUCUCCGGGGUCAUCCGGGCCAGCUUCCGUUUAAAAGGCCAUUUAGGAGAGAAUCCUGAGCUGAGGAAAAAGCCUUCUCCAGCAAGCGAUACUUUGUAAUGACUAAAUACAGAAUUUCUCUUCCCGGUCUUUUGGUUUAGUUUUGUUUAUUUGAUGUAUUGAAAGCAUGUUCACACUUUUUUCCCCCCCCUUUAGUGGGGGCCCUGUUCAAUGAGAUUCUUCAUUUGAGGCUUUUUUAAAAAAAAUUUUUAAGGAAAAAAGAAAAAAAGGUCAAUCUGUAUCACCAGCAUGAAACAAAUCAAAACUGUAGGAGAAGUAUAAUUCUGGCAAUAAGGUUUACGAAAAAUGACUCAAAAACUUUGCAUUCGUGUUAGAGAAAACUCAACAGGGUGACUAAUUUUUCUAAUAGUGUUUUCUAUAACAAGGUUUUUAUCGUAGGUGGUCGACACAGUUUCUAAAUAGUGAAUUUGAAGUCAGUGGAAAGUAUUUUAUAAUUGAUUAGCAAACUUGAAACAUCCUUCAGCAAAAAUAAAUCUUCAUCAUUGAACUUUUUAAGCCGAAUCAUUUUUUAAACUCAUAUCAGUUGAACAAGGGCCCUUGAAAGGGGGGAAAAAUGCAGCGAACAUCUUCAUAAAAUUCCAAAAGUCAAAUCAUGUCGUUUAUAUCAAAUCUCAUCAGUUCCAGUGUAUUCGAGGCUACGGUUUGGAAGGCUGAAAUUUUGAAGAACCGGGCCCUGGCAAGUUUAUGCACAAACCCAAGAGUGACUUGUGAAAAAUGUCGCAUAACAUGUUCGUGUUCUCAUACGAAGGAGAAAAUUAGCCGAAAAUACAACGUCGACGACAAAAAAUUCUGGCUGGUGACCAGGAAACUGUUGCGUGUUGCUUGACGUGCAGAAGUUAGUGUCAUUAAAGGACAUGGAUUUUUAUUUUCUGGAUUAAAAAUGAUCUUUUUUUUACUGCUUUUAUUAUUCAGCAUCCAGUAGUGAACAGUUGGUUUCCAUUCACCAGUAUCUGAAACACCAAAAAAUGUGAAGUUAGGUCAUGUUAAAAAAAACAACCACCACUCCUAUCGAAAGUCUUUCGUUGUGGCCUUAAACUAUAUAGUAUGUCGUAUGUAGACUUAUCUCCUCCGGUAAGUGGAAGUGUCCAACUAGCUGAAUGAACUUUUCUCUUCUUUCACCAAAGUAUAGUGCAUCUAAAGUGAAACACAGAAAGUGUGCAAACUGUCAGAUUUUUAUUUUUCCUGCCACCCCUUCACUGUUCAAGUUUGAAGAAAAACCCAGAAACCAUUGUCUCGGAAAUCAUCUGGGUUUUCAAAGAUUAUUCUUUGAACAAGCAGAGAAAAUUAUUUCAAAGGGGAGGGAAAAGGAAUUGUUUUCUUCAUUUCCCAUCCACGAGAGUACCGCCCUGUUGCCAAAGGAUUCCGUUCCUUAAUUACCAUUGAAUUUUGGGUUGUGUUGAGCAUUGUUCAACAGCUCUAGAAUACAGAAUGCAUAAUAGGGAAUGCACUGUAUGUUGCACUACUUUUGUGUAUGACUCCUCAUCUUCUUGUGCAGUAUAUAUAUAUCUAGAUUUUUAUGUCUUGAAUAUAGGUAUUGGCAGUUUGCCCCUAUAAAAAUUUCUGAUAAAUUGAAAUAUUGAAGUUGAUGUACUGAGUUUUUUGUGGCUAGCAUAUUGUAUCCAUAUUUUUUAUUCUCUCAUUUGAUACUUAUUGAACUCUCCUGCCUUGUCACCAUGUUAUUUGAUAUGUAUUCUACGUGUAAGUGGUCAUGUACUUAGAAGAGAGUUCUUGGAAGCUCAUUUUCUGCUAAAAGGUACACUUCCCUAGUGCCGUAUUGACACCCAGAUGGUAGCGAGCAGUUGGCCCGGAAUUAGAAUGUGGCGGCGUGAGGGGGGUGCUAUUAUUCCCCUUUUCCCUCACCUUCCACUCAAUCCUUAAUCAACACAAACCUUUUUACGACUGCACGAAAUAUGCAGAGCCCCAAAUCUAGGGAUCUCAGUUGCUUUACGUACAAAAUUGUAUUCAUAGUUACGUUAGUCAUGCUAUGACUCCCAGAUGAGAAAAGAUCUUUGGGACGCAUUUUCACAUAUUGCUCCGAUCCCUGACGGUUUUGAAUGAUGUGAUUCCAGAAAAAAAAAUAAUUGUGUCGAUAAUGGUUUCCGUUAAGGCAGAGAUUUCUCCCUAGAGACUCUUCGCUUAUAAAGGUGAGGCUUUCUCUUUUCAGAUUGGGGAAAAAAAUGCCCCCUCCAAAAGAGAAAAAUUACCUAAAGGAAGAACCAGAACACUUUGGUUUUUCAUUUCUGACUCUCUCUCUCUGAAGUCUCUCAGUAUCAUGGUUUAAGUGUAUAAGGCAAGCUUUCCCAGUGCACUUUAUCGCCUGAGCAGUUUUGCUUGAUCUCUUUAAGUAGUUCCAAGAAUAAAUUUUUUGGAUGUUUCAUAAUUCUGUUUUUGUAACAAAUUUUUCAAUGUAAUAUUUAAUAAAAACUGUAAUCCUCCUUUGAA